AUGCUGUUGGAGACACCCGAAGGGAUCAGAUCGCAUUACCAGUGGAAAUCAACUGGGGGUCACACUGCCAAAGAGGCCACCAAGCAGACUAAACCAGAGGUCUCCAAGGCUUUCCCCACCCUGAGCCCCAAAGGAUCCCCGCUCGGACCCUUGAAGAAGCCACCCCCUCCUGCUUUAUCUUUGUUCUUCCUGUUCCCCGGCCGUCCCAGCACCACUUGUCCAUCUGUGCCACGGUGCUCCGUGUCCGCCCGCUCGCCCCUCCGCGGGCCCGCGAGCGAGGAGGGCUCCGGGCGAAGAGAGCCGGCGCCGCGCCUGCUGCGCGCCGGGACCUGGCACACCCGCGAUCCCGACCGCGCUCGCCCGGGGCCGGGCUUCCUCGCACGGUCACGGUCGCCGUGACUGCACGAGGAGCACGACGACGGACGGAUGCGGUGAAAUCCCAGACUCCGCAGCCAGGACAGGGCCGAGCUGGGAGCUGGGUCCGCAGCUCAUCGGCUUCGGGUCGGCGCUGAGCGCUCAGCUUUGCUGCCGUCACCCGGAGAAGACAGCCUGGGGCCACCGCGACGGGAGGGAGCACGGACACCAGCACUGCUGCGCUGGCGGCUUUCCCCGCUGGCAGGACCCUGAGACUCGUCAGCAAGACCCGGGGCACCGCAGCGUAUCACGGCGGGACCGCGCGGCGGAGGACACCGUUCCUCCGGAACAGCUGGGGAACGGAGACGAAGAGGCCACGCCCACAGUGACCUCACUUCCGCACGCUCGGCCCCACCUCCUGGAGGCCCCGCCCCCUCCCGCUGCCCUGCAGGCGGGGACCACGCCUUCAACUAGGGGCUUGGGGGGCCGUUCAGGUGCAACACGGCAGAGGGUUUGGGCUGUCGAGAGCAAUUAGAGUGCUCACGGUAGGAGUGGGCU